UUCAAUGAUUCAGUCAGUCAAUAUGCUCUCUCUCUCAAUGGCAAGAGGAAUCAUGAGCUUCCCUGCAGUACUCACAGCCCUUUUCGUUCUUUUGCUAUUUCAUCAAACUUGCAGUGUUAAGGAUAUUCAUCUUACCGAGGCAGGAAACGGUACUUGUUCUCCUUCUUCCUGUGGCAGUAUCCAAAACAUAAGCUAUCCAUUUCGAUUAAUGGAGGAUCCACCAAACUGCGGCGACCAAAGGUAUAAGCUGUCUUGUGAGAACAACAUUGCUGUCUUAUACUUAUAUGGUGGAAAGUACUAUGUUCGGGAAAUCAAUUACAGUGACUACACAAUCCGAGUAGUAGACUCGGGUAUUCAGAGGGCUAAUUUCUCCUCUAUCCCUCGUUAUUUUCUAACCGAUUAUAAUUUUAGUUAUGUGGAUCCAUAUUCUUACCCAGAAGGAACCUAUUAUUUUAAUAAGGUGGAUUCAAUUUAUUACGCACGAACGAUUAGUAUAGCUUUCUUGAGCUGUGAAAAGCAAGUGAUUAAUUCAGAGUACAGUGAUUUGAACAUUCCAACUAAUUGCUCUGAGAAGGGAGUAUAUUCUUCCAAGUACUCUUCAUCAUCUUCCCAGAUGCAUAGAUAUGUUGCAUAUGAUCUCACUCCAUUACCAGAGGAGGUGGAGGAAUCUUGCCGACUAGAUAUAAUAUCCCUAAUAUCGUUGGAAGCCGAUGGAUAUACAGAAGCAGCCCAUCGAUAUAAAAAAGCAGCUCCUUCCUGCGAAGAGAUCCACAACGAAUUGUUAUAUGGUUUUAUGCUUUAUUGGUUCCAAGUUUAUUGUAAAUGCGACGCCGGACCAACCGAUUGCUACCUCGAUGAGUACGCGAGUAAAAUUCAAUGCUGGAACAGGACUACAGAUCAAGGAUUCUUCGAAAGACUUGAGGAGGUAUACAAUGAUGUUACUUACGGACUCGGGAAAGCAUCGGAAGCCAUAACACGAGGAAAGUUACCUGAAGCCCUAUAUGCAGCAGUACAUUACCACGAUAUGUGGACAAGGCCAGGAGGAACUGCGUACCAAUGAGAACUGCAUACCUUACAAGUUACAAGUGCCAGAAAGAGUAAACCCAGGAAAGCCACAAUGGUCAAGAUGUCUCAUGCCGUUAAGCCGGAAAGGAAAUCGGAUGGCUGGGCCGCUACCUCCCAAACGUAAUUCUUCACACACAUUUUUGCCUUCUACGUGGUGGUAUAUUGUAGGAACCUAAUGGGGUGGAGUUCGAGGAUAUGCAGAGACUAAAAUGAGCAAUUGAAGUGAACUACUAAAGAUGAAAUGGUGUCGUGUAGGAUUGAAAGAAUACAUCGUAGUGGUAGGUUGGAGGACGACGUUGUGCAGGUCUCAAACGGGAAAGUCUAGUUGUGUUUUUAAGUACUUGUAUCUUAAACGCAGUGUUUUAGCAUUUGCAUUUCUAUUAUAUCUGUAGGGUCAGUUUAGUAAUAUGAUUGUUAGUUUGUUAGUGUCAGAAAGGGGAAUAUGCACUGGGGUGGGGAAAGACGUAGAUCUUUUUAGAAAUUAUUACAAAUGUAUAGAUUGCUUGGGAGGAUUUGGAUUUUGUUAAAAAUCCAAAAGUUUUAGGUCUGUUGGAUACUAAGGAUGAGUUUGGAUACACAAAACAUUUCAUCUCAUCUCUAUUAGGGUGUAUGUGAAGACUGAUUUUGGAGCUCAAAAAAGUGUUUGCUGAAUGUGUGCUCAACCUGCACUGGAGCGAAGUUCAACCCGUGAGUUUGCUCGACACUCGUUCGACAUACCGCUUGAGCGAAGCUCAACCCGUGAGUUCGCUCAAGGCCUGCUUGACAGUGAGCUCGAGCGAGACACAAAUCCUAGUGUUCGGUCGACACCCGCUCGACACUCCGCUCGAGCCAAUGUUGAUAUAAUUAGUAAACACUUUAAAUACACAAAGGCAGCUAAAUAGAUGACAGUUGCAAACUUUUAAUUGAAGCAUUUUGUAAUUUUCAUGUAUUAUAAUUUUGUGUUUUGUAAUGUAAUU